UUUUCUUGUAUAAGUUAGGUAAAAUUUAUUACAUAGAAGGAUUAUUCUUUUUCUUUGAAAUAAGACUCGACUUAUUGGGAGAAAAUCCACUAAUUUCUGAAAACUUCAGCUUCUUUGUUAGCUUAGCGUUGAGAUUCCGCUUUUUGAACAGUUUGAAGUUCUUAGGUUUUGUUCGAGAUUUUAUGUCCUUAUUCUUCUGAGAAGUUGUGAACAGAGUCUUCUUUGACUCCGGUUUAGAGCUAUGGAUAAUAUUCCGGCAAUCAUACAUCGCUAGUGAUGUCUUAUGGCCGGAAUUCAUAAGGGAAAAUGUAGAGUUCUCAAACCGAGAGAUGCUGUUACUAAGUCCUCGGCUAGCUUCAGUGAUAUCACUUUUCUUUUUAAGAUCAAGGGAUUUGAAAAUAUUAGAAGUCAUAUUCGCCCGAUUCGGUAAAUCCUUCCUCUUUUUCUUAAAAGAGGUACUCCUUCCAAGCUGGGCAUUCAUGUUCUUUUUAUUCUUAGCGAUUCGAGAUGUUUCUCGCUUAUCACUGAAUCAUAGUUUCGUCUUUGAUUUCCUUCUUGAAUGUUUCGAAGUAGAUCUUUUGCCUAAGAAAACAUUUCUAGUCUUCUCACUUAGCUUUGUAUAAUUCUUCGAAUCACUUAGAAAUGACUGAGGAGCCGAAUGUCUCACUUUCGAGUCUCUAUUAACAGGGGAUUUUAAUGAUAUUUUCAGUUUACUAGCUCUCCGACUCCUGAUUUGUGAAGGCAACCCAGCCAUAUUGUACACAUUACUUUUUGUCCGACCGUUCAGACGUCCAAUAUUUCCAUGAGGAAGAGUAGGAGGUAGCUGUGUGGACUCAAUCCUAACUUUCUUUACUCUCUUUUCUUUUCCAGCCAUAGCUUCAAGAUUUACUGGAAAGACCUCUGAUUUUAUUGAGUCAAAGUGGUAUUUCUUGUCUUAAUCUUAGAAAUAGUCUGAAUGAAUCUAUCUCUAUCAUCGAUAGAAAUUCUAUUAGAGCCCUUAUUGGAAUGCUUAUUUUUAGGGUUUUUAAGCACAAUCUUCAUUUCACUCUUUCGAAGUUGGUGUUCCCGCCUCUCUGCCUUAGUUAUCUCAAUUUGUCUUCUUUUCCUGUCCAGUAGCUUCUUCUGAAUCCUAAACACCAACGCUCUGCUGGUUUCUGGAUCAGUGAUGAGUUUGUUCUUGGCCCUCUGGUUGAGAACAUCUGCUGUGAACUUCAACUCAGGGUCUUUUUCUAAUUUUUUAAAGUGUUGUCUCAGGGACCAUUUUUAUACUCUCAUUGAUCCUGGAGAACAAAGUUGUACUAGUAUCCUUUAGCCCUGAAUGUAAACUCUUCGUUAGCAUUAUACUAGAAUUCUGCAGGAACGAGUCUAAAAUCCUAGAUAAUUUCAUCUUAUUAUACUCCUUCUUGUCGGGGAGGUACUUCUGUAACUUAACUUCUUCAAUAAAUUUGGGAUCAAAAAGCUUCUCUUCAGACAUUAUAGAGUUCAUCAUCCUUGCAUGCUCUUCCUCAGUAGGUCUUUUCUUUGCUUUCUGGAAUAGGAGAUACCGAUGCUUCUCCUCCGCAGCCUUCUGCUUCUUCGCUAUAUUAUUUGAAUAAGUGCUUAUUCUCUGGCAAAAUUGCAUAAUUUGGAAUUGCACUAGAAUAUGAUUCAUAGAAUCGGAUUAUUCUUGGAAGCUUCUGCUGCGACUCCUUCAUUGAAUAUGGGCGUUUAAAGAAUUCUGUUAAAUCGUCCAUGAUCAGGUAAUCUUUAAAAAUUGAAACUAUCCUGACACUCUCGUUAUACAUUAUAUCAUGCACAAUUUUUGCGUUAUAAAAUUCAGUAGUGGUGGUAUACUUUUCCCUUAAUGUAUCGUUGAUUCUCGAGUGAGGACUAAUAACCUUAAAACUUCCAGUAUCCUCUGUAGUCCUGGAUUGGUAAAUAUUCAAGGACCCCUUUGUCUUAGUAUUCAAAUUCUUUAAUCCUAAGUGAUGAAUUUUAAGCUCUGGAUUAGAAUCUUCUAAGUUAUCAAUGAAAUGUUCAGACAUCUCUAACCUUUGUCAAAU